AUGAGUGUACUGGAUUCCUUCUUUGCAACUAUUCUUGACAACGCGGCCCCGACUUUGGUGACUGAUCUACGUGGUCGCAUUGUAUAUGUCAAUAAACCGACUUUGUGCUUACUGGAGGGAUAUCACGCUCCCAAGAAAUCGUCUGCUUAUAACGUUAAGGAUCUUCCAGAAACGAGUUAUUACAUUGGCGAUCAUUAUAACAAAUUACUCGAACCCUUGGAUUCCCACGAGGCCAAAUCAUUUCAGAAUCAUUUCACGAGCAAUGCUCAGAUUAAAAAGGGUACCGAAGUUCGUAGAGUUUUCAAAUGUCGGACAUUUAAAAACAAGAGACCAAUAAUAUUAGAGCUUUCGACACGUACAUGUGUUCUACCAAAGAAUCUCUCGCCUAACAACGUUAUGUCGAACCUACGUCAACCUAAAAGUAACGUAUCUGAAUGUCGAUGUGAACAUAUAGUAGAUGUUAACAGUGUUAAAGAAAAAAAGGAUAAUCAAGUAAGCAAUGUUCGUAAAGUGGUUGGCGGUGAGGAGGAAGAGGAUGAAGAGGAUGGUGACGAACAAUUUUAUGAUGCUUCAGAGGAUUCAGAAGAGGAUAUCAGUGUCUUAAGCAGUCAUGUUUACUUCUCUGAGCGACAGGAAACGUACAGAGAUCAUGUUAUUGUCAAGGGGGAAAAGGAACCACAUCACAAAGGCAAAUUGACGGGUAAUUCCGAUUCAACGGAAUAUACUGCUCCUCCAAAUGCGAACUCUCCGGAAGAUCGCCAUUCAACCUUGCACGCGCAGAAAGAUCAGGUAUUAGUGGUAAUGGAUCCUUGUUUACCUGCAGAUCCAACAAAAAACACAGUUUUCAUUAGCACAAUUAGAGACGUGACUGAUUCAAAUUUUGCGGAUUUUGUGCUCAGUGAGGCUGAAAAUCGAAUUACCUUAACAUAUGACGUUACGGGAAUAAUACAUGAAGUGUCAAGAUCUUGCAAGCAUAUUUUGGGAUUUGAACCAAAUGAAUUGUUGGGACUCGAUGGUUACUCUUAUAUCCAUCCUGAUGAUGCCACCGAGGUUCGCAUGUAUCAUUCAAAACGUGUUUCAGAACCUUAUGGUACCACCCUCCAAAGGAAUUGCUUUCGUCAUCAGAGAAAAGACGGAUCUUAUUGUUUGCUAGAAAUAUGGUCACAAGGCAUUCAGCCAAAUGGUCGAUGGACAUUUGUAGGCUUCGAUGUCACGAACACUACUGAGUGUGUAAUGGAAAAUCGUGGGUUAAUACCCGAUCAAGCUAUUAUUCGUCGUAGGUUAUUGCACAAUACUGAUGAAGAUUCUCAAAAAAAAUUUGCCAAUAAUUUCGUUUCCUUUAUAUGCCACGAAUUUUUAGAGCUUCGUAAUCCACUAAAUGGUAUAAUUGGUUAUACGACAUUUUUACUGGACACGGAACUGACAAAACAACAACGUGACUACGCUGAAGCCAUAUCUUCCAUUAGUAAUCACAUGUGUAAUACCAUUAAUCAGUCGCUCGACUUAUGUCAGACUCAAUCCCAUGGUACUUACAUUUCGGAAAUAGGUCCGUUACAUUUGAGUGAGGUAGUCAAGUUUUGUUUUCUGACAGUCACGGUGUUGGCUAGGAGUAAGGGAAUUGAAUUGAGGAUGAGGGAUAACAUCACGCCUUUUCUAAAGUCAAGAGUUCAGGGUGUAGACAAAAAUUUUAAUGUCAAUGAAAUUGACUUCGGGUGGUAUGGUGACGAAGACACCAUUAGAAAAAUUCUGUUGAAUUAUCUAACAAAUGCAAUCAAACACACGGGUUCUGGCUCGGUGACGGUCGUUCUUGAUGUUGAAGAUGAUAAGUUGCCUGACAACAAGGAAGGAUUUAUGGCCAAGUGUUCUGUGGAAGACACUGGUCCAGGUAUUCCACAAAAGAAUCUCAAACGACUCUUCCUCCCCUAUUCGAAGUUGGUUUCGUCUUUCGGCGAGAUCAACAAGGAUUAUGAUUUUGUCGACGGAGUACAUCGCCAUCAGCAGGAUCAGCCACAGAGGAGCUCUGGUUUGGGUUUGAGUAUAUGUAAAGAGUUGGCUGACAAGAUGGGUGGUAAAGUUGGUGUGGAAAGCACGUUGGGGAACGGCAGCAAAUUUUGGUUCACCUUUCCCAUAUAUACUAGCGUACCAGAAGGUUUUGAUGAUGAAAACGACCCUGAAACUGUUGUUUCUAAUGUGUCGGAUAACGAAUUUGCUGAUAAAGAAAAGGCACUUAAAGACUCCUUGUGGAAAAAGGCGUAUUCACUUUCUAGUGAUGUCGUUAAUUCUUGUGAACCUUGUGCCUCUAAUGGCGGGCAGAAAAAGUUGUUGAAGAGGAGAUCUCCCACCAAUGGUAGCAUUUCAUCAAUACGCUCUUUGUCUUCAAAUUUGUCAUCUUCGUCACGGACAGAUCCAGAGCUUUCGGAUAAUGGUGGUUCUCACAAAUUCGGGAGUUUGCGAAAAAACAAAAAGCCUGCAAAAGUGCUAAUGGUAGAAGAUAAUGAAGUAAAUCAACAGGUGGCUAUAAAGUAUUUGGAAAAAAUGGGUGAAGAAGUUACUGUUGCUGCUAAUGGUGUGGAAGCGUUGGAGAAAAUGAAAAAUGAAUCCUUCGAUAUUCUUUUCGUUGACCUCCAAAUGCCGCUUAUGGAUGGGUACACAUUGACACGCCGGAUAAGAGAAGCAGAGCGUGAACCUGGUCAAUGCGAGAUAUCUCUCAUCCCAUCUGAUGUAAAUCCAAUUUCCUUACCAUGUGAUAAUACCUCCUCAUGCCUUCCUUCAUUCUCGAUACCAACAAUACGUCGAUCGCCUACGUAUCAUCAUCGUAAGCAUCUACCCAUAGUGGCGUGUACGGGUAGCGUCCUAGAUAGAGAAAAAGAUAAAUGCAGGCAAUAUGGCAUGGAUGGUUUUUUGACAAAACCGUAUCGUUUGGAAGAAAUGAGGUUGUGCAUUGAAGAGCUGGUGGAUGCUAAUGACGAAUCAGGAGUUGAUUGA